AUAUUCAACGCAGUUAAUCGUGUCGUGCGGAACUGGGAAAACGCUCCUCUGUCACUUCCGGUUCGUCCUCAUCGUAAAAAGAAAUGGCGGACAUGGACGAACUGUUCGGGAGUGAUGGGGACAGUGACAACGAACAAAGAGUGGUCUCAGCAGUGGCGUCUGGCUCUGGUUCAGGUUCUGAAUCUGAGCCGGAGAUGCCCCGGUCCCGUUCCCAUAGUAACGCCUCCGGCAGCGAUGAUGAUGGACAAGAUGGGGGAAAGCCCAACACCAAGGAGCUGUUUGGGGAUGACAGUGAAGAGGAACGCCAGAGCCGACACAGCGACAACCAAUCAAACCUGUCGGAACGCUCAGGAAACCAGUCAGACGCCAGCAUGCACUCGGAGCCCGAGGACAAUGACCAGUCAGACGCGGAGCAGCACAGUGGGUCGGAGAGAGGGCACCGGGAGGAAGAGGAGGAAGAUGGAGAUGGAAGGUCAGAGGCAGGCAGUCCAGUAUCGGGGGUGGGAAGCCCCAGGUCUGGGAGGGGCAGUGCUCGCUCUGAGAAGAGUAUCCAUAGCGACCCCGGCACCCCCCACUCAGCUCCCGGCACCCCCACUCGGCUCCCGGCACCCCCCCUCGGCUCCCGGCACCCCCACUCGGCUCCCGCACCCCCACUCGGCUCCCGGCACCCCCACUCGGCUCCCGGCACCCCCACUCCGCGCCCGGCACCCCUCACUCCGCGCCCGGCACCCCCACUCCGCGCCCGGCACCCCCUGUCAGACCCCGGCACCCCCUGUCAGACCCCGGCACCCCCUGUCAGACCCCGGCACCCCCACUCAGGGCCCGGCACCCCCCACUCAGGGCCUGGAACUCCCCACUCAGAUGGGGAGGGGUCAGGCAAGGAGAACCAAUCAGAUGAUGAAAAGUGGGGAGGAGGGGCUAAGAGUGACCAAUCAGAGGAUGAGGAAGAGGAGAAGAAGCAGCACCAAUCGGAUGAAGAGCGAGAGAAUUCUGAUGAGGACGGGGCGGGGCACAGGAGCAGGAAGAAGUCAGAGUCUGCGAAGGGCAGUGACAGCGAGGAUGACUUCGUCGGACGGAAGAACAAGAAAAUGGCGUCUGCCUCGGACUCUGACAGCGAUGUUGGCGCCAAGAAGGAGAUGGCGGCGGCGUCUGGCUCAGACUCUGACAGCGAUGUUGGAGCCAAGAAGAAGAUGGCUGUGUCUGGCUCAGACUCUGACAGCGACGUUGGAGCCAAGAAGAAGAUGGCUGUGUCUGGCUCAGACUCUGACAGCGACGUUGGAGCCAAGAAGAAGAUGGCUGUGUCUGGCUCAGACUCUGACAGCGAUGUUGGAGCCAAGAAGAAGGGUAAAGGUAAGAAGCCAGCAGCAGACGACCUGUUUGGAGAGGCAGACGACAUCUCAUCAGACAGUGAUGCUGAGAAACCUCCCACUCCAGGACAACCCCUGGACCAAGAGGAUGGUAUGGAAGGGGAGCAGGCUGAGGAGGAGCCCGUCCCAGAGACUCGUAUCGAGGUGGAGAUUCCUAAAGUCAGCACUGAUCUAGGAUCAGACCUCUACUUCGUCAAACUACCCAACUUCCUCUCUGUUGAGCCCAGACCCUUUGACUCCCAGUACUAUGAAGAUGAGUUUGAGGAUGAGGAGAUGUUGGAUGAAGAGGGACGGACCAGGCUCAAACUGAAGUAUUGUGCUCUGUGUGAUGUAACAGUGCUCUGUGUGAUGUACAGUGCUGUGUUCAGGUUGAGUACUAUCCGGUGGAGAGCCAAGAAAGACGAGGAGGGGAACAGUGCAGAAUGGGGAAAUGUGUGUUUACAUGUGUAUGUAUCUGUGGAUGUGUUCUGUCUCCACAGCAUGUCUCUCCACCUGGGUAACGAUGUGUUCUGUCUCCACAGCAUGUCUCUCCACCUGGGUAACGAUGUGUUCUGUCUCCACAGCAUGUCUCUCCACCUGGGUAACGAGGUGUUCUGUCUCCACAGCAUGUCUCUCCACCUGGGUAACGAGGUGUUUGAUGUGUAUAAAGCUCCUCUCCAAGGAGACCACAACCACCUGUUCAUCAGACAAGGAACUGGACUACAGGGACAGGCUGUGUUCAAGACCAAACUCACCUUCAGACCCCACUCCACAGACAGUGCCACCCACAGGAAGAUGACCCUCUCUCUGGCUGACCGCUGCUCUAAGACCCAGAAGAUCAGAAUACUGCCCAUGGCUGGACGAGACCCCGAGUCUCAACGCAACGAGAUGAUCAAGAAAGAGGAGGAGCGUCUGCGUGCGUCUAUCCGUCGUGAGGGACAACAGCGGCGGAUGAGAGAGAAGCAGCACCAACGAGGGCUGAGCGCCGGUUACCUGGAGCCCGAUCGCUAUGACGACGAUGAGGAGGGCGACGAGUCGGUCAGCCUGGCUGCCAUCAAGAGCAAAUACAAGGGAGGAGGAGGAGGAGGGCUGAGGGAGGAGCGUGCUCGGAUCUACUCGUCUGACAGUGAUGAGGGUUCUGAUGAUGAUAAAGCCCAGAGACUGCUCAAGGCCAAGAAACUAGACUCUGACGAGGUGAGACACACACACAGGUGUUAGUACAGAGGAGAGAUGACAGAGGUGACAGAUGGUGCAGUCCUAUGAUCUACCAGCAGGAGACAUUGUGAAUCACUACAUAUAGGAAUCUAGUUCAGCUAAAAAGCACUUUGAGGCAGAUCUGAAGUGA